GGGUCAACGCUCUACGAGUAUAUGGAUAGAUGGCAGCUGCUUAAGGCACCUUCGGAACAGUCAAGGUUAUUAGAGGAGAUUCCUGAAGUCAUUGCUGAUUUGGCAGAAUUUGAACCUCCUUUUGAGCACUCUCUCAAAGGAAAGAAGAAUGAAGACGAUGCCUCCCUACAUUCACCCCUUAUAGAGGAUUUCCAAACUUCCAGAAGUGUUUUGAAAAGCUGGAAUAAUGGAAUAGAUACUACAGGUUCUGAGGGAAAACAUUUUGCUGGAUCAGUUCCAGUAGGAAAAUCAAAAAAAUCUGAUUCACACGUUACCAACCAGCUGCUUCGGAACUCUAAUGCUGUUGCUACUGAAGCUGAACCUGCAGAUGCAAAGAGGGAUCAACCUUCACAGGAGGAAAAGCAGCAUCAGCCUGGUACUGAGUGUCUUGGCCAGAAGCUGGUAGAUACUGAACAUGAAACAGUCAGAAAGGACGGACCAACCAAUGUCGAUUUGAUUGAGGUAAGUGAUGAUGAAGGACAAGACCAACCAGUAGAUGUUGAACUUGGAACGGGGAAAGAGAAAGGACCACCAAUGGUUAAUUUGAUUGAGUCAAGUGAUGAUGAAGAACAAGAUGCAAGUAGUGCAGCAAACAGGCAACCCUCUGAGGAUGAAGAUGGCCCCAAGUGGUAUUGCAUCAGUCCAACUGGUUUAACAACUGGCCCUUAUGCUAAGUCUGUGAUUAAAGAAUGGAGUGAUUCUAGUACUUGCCCGUUACAAUUCAAGGUUUAUAGGGUUGGUCAGAGCCAAGAUGAUGCCAUCCCUUUGACUGAUUUUGCCCAGAAAUAAUUUCUUUUUAGGUUUGUGAGGCAUCCGACAAAGGAGAGGAGAAAUGGCAGCAACUUCUUCAGGGAAUGAAGAACGUUUUGCAAUACUUUUGAGAUUUUUGAUGUUGUAUGGGCCAUUGUUGGCAAUGUAAAUAUGACCUUUAGCUUUAAGGGAGCAACAGGCAAACUGAUCUCAAAAGCUGCAUGCAAACUCAUAUUACAUGGUAACUGCAAUACCUUAGACUGGGUUUCUGACUUUUUGGGCAUAACUGUGAGUUUUCAGUUACAAUAGGCGAACUGAUAUCUUCUUAUUUUCUUCUUCUUCUUCUUUUGUGCAGCAUGAAAUUAAUUCUGACUUCUGAG